AUGGAAUUCUAUGGUUUGGGAAACAACAAAAGUGGUUCUUGUCAAAGCUUUGUCGAUAUGAAAAUCAAAUCUCUACAUACCUCUUUUCAAACUGAUGCUAGGGCGUUUGUUCUCAAAACUAUAACUGGUUUACUUCCCAAUAGAGAAAUUCUGCCUGAUCAAUGGGGUCACAUUCAGGGUUUGUGUUUGGCUGAUCCUUCUUUCUAUAAACCUUCUAGUGUUGACUUGCUCCUAGGUAGUGGUGUCUUCUCCGAGGUCGUUUUGCCAGAAAUAGUAAGGGGAAAUGAGCCUGUAGCACCAAUUGCACAGAAUACUCAACUCGGGUGGAUUGUUUUUGGCAAUGCGCCAAUUCAAACUUGCCGUGUCCACCUACAGCUUGUUGAUAUCGAUACCCAGCUUCGAAAAUUUUGGGAAAUCGAAGAAUCGCCGUUUGAAGAUCCAGAAACUGCAGAAAAUAUCGCCUGUGAAGAACACUUCAAAACACACACCAGACGUUUGCCAAAUGGAAGAUUCGAAGUCUCACUACCAUUCAAAGAAGGUGUUCGACCAGCACUAGGAGCAAGUCAGCAAGGAGCAUUACGAAGGUUUCUCCAGCUCGAAAGAAGAUUCGACAACAAUCCUCAAUUGCAGAAGGAGUAUUCAGCGUGCAUCUCGGAAUAUCUUCAGUUGGAUCAGAUGGAAAAGGUAGAUGUCAGCCAAGGUGAAAUUCUCCAAUCACCAUUCCACUAUGUUGUUCCACAUCAUGCCGUGUUCAAGGAGUCCAGCACAACCACAAAGCUUCGAGUAGUUUUCGAUGCUGCCUUUAAAACUACAAAUGGGACUUCGUUGAAUGAACAUCUUUUGGUGGGACCUAAAACGCAAUCAAAUAUAAUGGAUAUCAUACUAAAAUGGAGAAAAUUCAAGAUUACAUUGACGGCUGACAUCGAAAAAAUGUACCGGCAGAUCCAGAUGAAACAACCAGACACCUUUUAUCAGCUGAUUUACUGGCGAGACAACAAGAUGAAUCCGCUGCAGCUGUAUCGAUUAAAAACCGUCACUUUUGGAACAGCCUCCGCUCCUUACCUGGCCACUCGCACGUUGAACAAGCUUGCUGAUGACGAGAAGGACAAAUAUCCGUUAGCAGCCCAGAUGAUACGUCACGAUAUGUACGUUGAUGAUUUGGUAAGCGGAGCAGACUCAGUACCAGCUCAACAAAAGGUAGCUGAAAUCAACCAUCUUCUAUCAUUAGCUGGUUUUCACUUACGUAAAUGGGCGAGCAAUUCUGAAGAUGCCUUGAUCAAUAUUGCACCCCAAGAACGUGAAGUUGAUUUUCUGUUGCCUUUCGAUUCUUUUGAGCACAUUAAAACCUUGAGCAUAAAAUGGCUCCCUUCCAGUGACUCAUUCACUUUUCAGUGGGUUCAAUCUGAAGCAACUGAAGUCACUAAGCGAACCAUCUUGUCAACCAUUGCUAAACUUUUCGAUCCACUUGGCUGGAUUUCUCCGUGCGUGAUUUCAGCAAAAAUUAUCAUGCAAAAAUUGUGGUUGAAAGGUUUAGCAUGGGAUGUUCCUGUUCCUCUCAAUCUGCAACAAGAAUGGAUUUCUCUGCGAACAGAUUUGCCAAGUCUCGAAAAAAUUCGAAUACCAAGAUGGAUUUGCACUGAAAAAGAGAAUUUAGAGUUAGAAUUACAUGGUUUUAGUGACGCUUCUAUGAAGGCAUAUGGGGCAGUAGUUUACCUUAGGAUUCUGAACAGAAGCAACAAAAUUCACACUCACCUCGUUAUGUCCAAAACUAGAGUUGCUCCUCUUAAUACAGUUUCACUCCCUCGACUUGAGUUAUGUGGGGCUGUUAUGUUAGCUCGUCUUCUGUGCUAUGUAAGAGAUGUUUUGCAACUAGGCCAAAUCAAAACUUACGCGUGGACUGAUUCCACCAUAACUUUAUGUUGGAUAGCUGCACCGCCAUCAAAAUGGAAGACUUUUAUCAGCAAUCGAGUAGCCGAAAUUCAGCGAUUAACUAACGUUAACAUUUGGAAUCACGUCCCCACUAAACUGAAUCCUGCGGACUUAGCUUCGAGAGGAAUUUCGCCAUCAGAAUUAAAAGUUAACACUCUUUGGUGGCGAGGACCAGAGUAUCUUCAAUCAAUUUGGAAGUUCCCGUUUCCAAGUCCAAAAACAACGUAUGAAACUAAAGAAGAAAUGCGAUCAGUAAAGGUCCAGUUACAUUGCGCAAUAGAAUCUGAAAAUCAAGUUGCAAAAUUAUUUCAUAAAAUCUCAGAUUUGAAAAAACUGAUACGAUUCAUCGCUUAUUGCCGGAGGAUUGUUCACAUUUGCUUGAAAAAACUCCCGAUGAACCAUUUAAUUGAACUACUUACCACUUCCGAGUUACAAAACGCAACAUUUAAUUGCAUCAGAGCUGCUCAAAAACAGAUGUUUCCUGAAGAAAUCCAAAACUUAAUCAAGCAUCCAUCAUCAUCGAAACAUUUUGGAUCACUACAUCCGUUUAUCGACCGAAAUGGUAUUCUUCGAGUUGGAGGACGCCUUCAAAAUUCAAACUUACAGUUCGAACAACAACAUCCAGUCAUCCUCAAACCAGAACACGUCUUUUCGAAAUUACUCAUCCGGGAAGCUCACGAAAAAACGCUCCAUGGUGGAUUGCAGCAAAUGGUCACCAAUCUCCGCACCAAAUAUUGGAUUUUGAAUCUCAAGAGAAGCGUGAAAAAAUACAUUCAUAAAUGCGUAAUUUGCUUUCGAUUCAAAGCUAAGCCCAUGCAACAAUUGAUGGGGAAUUUACCAGCUGUUCGAGUCAGAGUGUCCCGGCCAUUUACACACACAGGUGUAGAUUAUGCUGGACCGAUAGAGGUUAAAUCCUGGAAAGGACGUGGAGGCAAAAUCUAUAAAGGGUAUUUCGCCAUAUUUGUUUGUCUAGCUACCAAAGCAAUCCACUUGGAAGCGGUAAGUGACAUGACGACUCAGGCAUUUUUGGCAGCUUUUCGAAGAUUUACGGCACGUCGAGGUGUCUGCACUGAAAUGUACAGCGACUGCGGAAAGAACUUCGUGGGUGCCAAUACCGAGCUCCAAAGAAUGAUGAAGUCUGCAAAGAUCGAUUGGAAGCAAAUCACAACAACAACAACGAACGUCGGAACUAAAUGGAAUUUCAUUCCUCCCGCUUCUCCCCAUUUUGGUGGAUUAUGGGAAGCAGGAGUGAAAUCCGUAAAGUUUCAUUUGAAAAGGGUCGUCAGAAAUGAAACCCUUACAUUCGAGGAGCUCAGCACGCUUCUAACAGAAAUAGAAGCAUGUCUAAACUCGAGACCUCUUUGUCCAGUUUCCGACAACCUAGACGACUUCGCUAUUCUCACGCCAGCGCACUUCCUGUUUGGAACAUCGGCCCAACUAGUUCCAGAAGCAGAUUUGGCAGAAAAGGUUUCCAACCUUGAUAGGUGGAGAAAAAUCCAAAUUGCUGUUCAUUCGUUCUGGAAGCAAUGGAGUAGCGAAUAUCUAGCUCGCCUUCAGCAACGACCGAAGUGGUUGAAAACCGAAGCACAGCCUCAAAUCGGAGACCUGGUUUUGCUCAAGGAUGAACGAUUGCCACCUUCUCAAUGGGCUCUUGCACGCAUCAUAUCUUUAGUUCCAGGAAAAGAUGGGUUGAUUCGUGUCGUCAACAUAAAAACGCAGUCUGGAGAGUUCAAAAGACCAAUUACAAAAAUUUGCCUACUACCAUCCAAUCGAACUGCAGAUGAAACCGCAACUAUCUAA